GUCAGGGGGGGUUCAUUCAGAUUUGUCCAGUCACUUGACUCCUUCAUUUCCAAACAAUCACAACCCCAUCUUCAGUGUGGCGGGAUCUUAUCUCUGUCUCCCUACGUAGAGGACGAGGAGAUGGCGAUAAAGUGAGUUACUGCACAUUUGAUUAUUGGGCCUUUGCCAUUUUCAGCAGUCGUCAAGUUUACAGCAGCCAUGUGGAAAAUACCGAGGAGGUUUUCACUCUCUGGUAGAUUGUGUUGCUUUCCCAAGGAUCCACUGGGGGAUGUUGAGACUUGGAGCGAGUCUGUGGACAAAGUCCUCAGUUGUAAAGCCGGACAGAUAGCUUUCCGGGAGUUCCUGAAGUCUGAGUACAGCGAGGAGAACAUACUGUUUUGGCUCGCCUGUGAGGACUAUAAAAAAAUCAAGACGGUGCCGGAGAUGAUCUCUUCUGCCAACAGGAUCUACUCAGAGUUUGUCCAAACAGAAGCGCCCAGACAGAUCAACAUAGAUUGCGGUACCAGAGAAAACAUAACGAGGAACAUCUCCAAGCCUUCCCUGACUUCGUUUGAUUCGGCACAGAAGCUCGUCUACAGUCUGAUGGCCAGGGAUUGCUACCCGCGCUUCCUAAAAUCUGACAUCUAUCAGGGACUCCUGAGGAGAACUGAUUCAAGGUGACUGUUUUAAAACUGACAGCCUCUCAGUCGAAGGCUCGCCAAAUCCUCUCUCCAGCCUGGAUCUGCUGUAGCGCUCCUCUUUGAUUUCAGCGUAGAUAAACGGGUUUACGGCCAUACAAUCCAGAUCCCAAGUCUAGCAGAAAUAGCUUUUUCUCAACCUGUGUGAUUCAGUAGACAGUUAACAGCUCAAGAGAAUUUGUGGCUUGUAUUAUACUUUUAUCUCUUUAAUCAUGUUAAGGUAAA